UCGUUUUCCUUCCUUCUACUUGCGAUGAGACAGACACACGAACAGGUGGGAUUCUGUCCCAGCUGCACCCUUCUCGCGCUGUCCACGCUCCUUACCUAAAACCGUCACCUCCCCAUGCACGUGCGUCCUGUGGGAGGUUCCCCUUACCUCCCUUUGGUUAAACACUCCUUAAAUUGUAACGUUAUCAUAAACAGUCCGGCUUCGGGGGGCCAUAAUCACCUCUCUCGGGCCUUACCGAGACUUCUCAUUGGACGUCAACACGCGACCAGCGCGAGGAGGGGGGCUCCCAGGCGCGUGCCGCUUUUUAAACGGACGCCGCGCCUUGAGACACCAGAAAAGUAGUCUCGCACGCGACAGUCAUUUUCACGCAGUGCAACAACAUAGCAGUGCGUGUCUCCAAAACUUUUUUUUUUUUUAUAUAUAUUGUUAUUCGUUUUAACUUGCCUUCCCUUUUGGGGUCAUUUGGAAGCAUGGAUGUCCUAAAUGUGGAAGACUGGAGCAGAGGCGCAAACCUCGACCCGCGGCUGCAGAGCCCAGAAGUGGUGGAGAGGGGAGGGGAGCAGCAGCUCGAGGAACCUGGACUGACGCUCGUGGACAGCGGCAGUGACCCACGCGCCUGGCUGGCUCCGGUGCAGCCUUCUGGCACCUGCGCGGCACACGCCACUUCCCCCGACUACCUGCGGCACUCGCCGUGCCCGAGCACCGGCUCCUAUCACGAGAGUAGUUCCCCGGAGUCCUCGGGCUAUCCCAGCCCUCCCAGCUACAGAAAAACUGCCAAGAGCCCCUCCUCUUCCUCGCUCAAAGUACGGGACUUGUGCCGUCUUCAAGGCACGGUGACCGGGCCCGAUGAGGACACAUCCACGAGACAGAGAGCCCAGUCCAGCAGACCUACCAACGGGGUCCAGAAGCAGAGGCGCGUGGCCGCCAACGCGCGCGAGAGGAGGCGGAUGCACGGGCUUAACCACGCGUUUGACGAGCUGCGCAGCGUAAUCCCGGCGUUUGACAACGACAAGAAGCUCUCCAAAUAUGAGACUUUACAGAUGGCGCAGAUCUACAUCAACGCUCUGGCUGAUCUGCUGCAAGGUCCAGUCUCCAACAACAGCAAUAACGAAGUCUCAAACAACAACAACAACAACAACAGCAAAAAUAACAACAACAACUCGCCAAAGUGUGACAAUAUGCUUCCAUCCGCCGUUGUUUUAGAGGGGGCAAAGGACAAGGCGUCCCCGUCCCCUACGACCUGUAGGACAGCGGCGGCCGGGCCCGCCUCAGGGAGCGGCCUACCGGUCCACAUCGGCGGGAUGCCGUUCCGCUCCUCCUUCGACGACGGGUCGUUUUCGGCCAUGGUUGAAGAAGCGAUGCGCUCGCCCUCUCCUUCUUCCUCCCCUCGGGCAGGCGGUUCGCUCGCGCCGGUCGGAGGGGGGAGGAAGGAGUCUCCCCGCAGCGACGGAGAGUUUUCCCCGCACUCCCACUUCAGUGACUCGGAUGAAAUAGCGAUGGAGCUCCACUCCAGUGAAGAAGAUGACCUCUCAGAACUCAAGCUGCGCAGCCACCAUAACCACCAUCUCCAUCGUCAUCACACUGUUGCGUUCUGAUCGUUUCAAGAUA